CCCCCUUAGCGGCGCUCCUGGCGGCCCGUCCUCCACGGCGCGAGACCCUGGGUCCAGCUCGCUCUCCCCGGGCGCAUCUGGGCCUUCCUCUCGCCGCCUUCCCGCUCCGCCCGCAGCUAGGCGAUCCCCGACCCCCUUCUUCAUGGCGUCGCUUCUGUGCUGUGGGCCCAAGCUGGCCGCCUGCGGCAUCGUCCUCAGCGCCUGGGGGGUGAUCAUGUUGAUCAUGCUCGGAAUCUUUUUCAAUGUCCAUUCGGCCGUGCUGAUCGAAGACGUCCCUUUCACCGAGAAAGAUUUUGAGAAGGACCCCCAGAAGAUAUAUGACCUGUACGAGCGAGUCAGCUACAACUGCUUCAUCGCCGCGGGCCUCUACCUCCUGCUCGGAGGCUUCUCUUUCUGCCAAGUCCGGCUCAACAAGCGCAAGGAGUACAUGGUGCGCUAGCGCUCCGCCGGCCCCCUGUCCAACCCCCUCUAUUUAAAGACUCCCCAGGGGCCAGCGUCCGGGCCCCGCGCGGGGAGGCUGGGGCCGGCCGUCCUCGGUCCCUCCACAAUAAAGCGGAACUGCCGUCCUGA